CUUUGCGGCCACCAUUUUGACGGUUUUAGUCCUGACCGGCCAACCUGCGGGCGAGAGGAGGGUAGGGGAAGACUGUCGUUAAUGUCUGGAUGGUAACAGAAUGAUAAAAUGAACAAAUCCCGGUGAGUUUUAAUGAUAAAAGCUCGGAGCUCGUCUUACUGUGAGUUUACUCCAAUAUGGCCUCGGAGAGAAAGGAAGUCCCAGGGUGCACCGCGCUGCUAUGUGAGAGGAUUCUCCAGAGUUCUCUCCAUUUACAGAGACGAUAUCUAUGCACAACGUCAUCAGUGCAGCUGCAGCCUCUCCUCAGCUCUGAGGUGAACCAUCCAGUCAGUCCUCUAUGUGCACAGGACAGGAUGGGAUGCUCCACCAGUUCACAAACUUCAGCAGUAGACACGACUCGACCCAGUGCUAAACCCGAGGAGAGCAACGGAGCCAGCACUACAGGGGCGGCCAAUGAGAAUGGCAAAGUAGCUGAGGACAGUGAAACUAUUCCCGACCAGACACCCGCUGGGGGCGGCAGCGAUGCCAAGCCUGCAGAUGAACCUGCUGCAGCUGCAACAUCUGAAGCCGGCACCAAUGCAGCUCCACCUGCGGCGGAGGAACCUCAGCCUGCCGCAGCCAGUCCACCUGCAGAGGCUGCAGCACCUGCUGAAGCAGCAGCAGCAGCAGACAGCACAGCAGAGACGGCAGCAAGCCCCUCAGAGCCUGCAGCCGCAGCUCCUGAGCAAGCAGAGGCCACAGCAACCACUCCAGAGCCCACAACAGAGGUGGCACCAGCUCCCAGUGAGUGAAGUACAACAUGAACGACUGCGCAGAUGAGUUUGUUGGAUGUGUCUUACCUUGUUUGUAUGCACGAGUGAAAGCGUAUGUAGGUGUGUGUUUGUGUGUGAGAGACGUCGCCUCGUUGCCAAGAUGCAGACCCUGUGAUAAACCACUUUCAGUCAGUCAGGGUUCCUCAGUCAUCACUGUGCCUUCUUCUUCCCCUCAUGAUGGUGUAUGGCUGCAAUUUCUGCUUGCAAACUGUAUAUAGACAGAGCUCUACAGCACUUGGUGUUUAUUUUCAGAGGAUGUCAUUUCAGGAUAACUUAAAUGAUAAACUGUCUUUGAAAUUUAUAUUUAUUAUCUUAUAGAAAUUAAAAAUAGAUUUUCUUGAUUCUAUACUUUUCUACAAAAUUAUAAUUCUAGGAAAACCAAAGCCAAAAUAUAUUUGAUUUAUGAAAUUAAUAUAUUCUUUUUGGGAAGCUGGCUUUGAUUUUACAACCGUGUUUGUAAUGAAUAUGAAAAGCUGAUAUUUUGAGGACAGAGUACAUGGGAGACCUUUUUUUGUGUCUGAUGUGUCAUGAUUUUUCUCUGGGAAGACGACCUGAAAUCUGUAAUAAGCUAUGAACUGUCAAAAAAAUAAAAAGGCCACCUUAA